ACAGCGCGUGAAGGAACAAUUUUUUUCAUACCCAAAAAUCCCUAAUUUUGCCAUUUCGGUGUAAGUUGAAUUAAAUGGAGGCAGGGCAGCCGAAGUUGAAGAAAUUAGCAAAGCGCGGCAAGAAUCCAUACAAUUGUCAAAUAAAUAAUCUCGAUGAUGGUUGUCUCAUGCUAAUUUUCAGCUUCCUCUGCCCCAUUCCAGAUCGGUAUAACACCGCCCUCGUUUGCCGCAGAUGGCGAUUCCUAGCAUGCCACCCUCGUCUCUGGUUGCGAGUUGAUAGGUCUGUUAAUGAUCUAUCUGAGCCUGGGGUUUACCCCAAUAUUGAGACGGCUGUCGCUGCAGCAAGGCCUGGAGACACAGUAUUGAUUGCAGCUGGAGGGAUUCACCGAACUUCUAAUAUUCAGAUCAAGAAGCCUAUCUGCCUUAUUGGCGCAGGUGAACUCCCUGAUGAUACAACACUUAUCUGCUCCCGUGGUUCUGAGAGUGCCCUGGAGUUCUUGGCAACAUGCAAGCUGGCUAAUCUGACGGUGAGGGCCGAGCUCGGCUGCUGCCUUCUGCACAGGGGUGGGAGGCUCACUAUUGAUGGCUGUAUUCUCCAAUGCGAGUCAAAUCCCUUGGACCAUCUCUCUCAUGCCAUUGUGACCACCGCAAGCCCUCCUGAUGGAGUUCCAGCUGCUGCAUUAAAGAAGAAUGGUGAUUGUGUUACUGUAAUGCGUACACGGAUUGAGGGAGGUGCAAAAGCUGUCUUGACAAGCGGAACACUCUCCCUGCAGCAAGUACGUGUCAUAUAUACUCGCACUUCCCUGUUUUUCUGGUUCAGCGUCGAGCAAACUUGAGACCGAACUAAUCUGUGGGUUCGCGUUUGACCUCUUUCUUAAUACUCAUUCAAAUAUCUUAUGUCUUCCUCCUUUCUGAACUGGAAUCUUUGUACUAUAUAUUCAGUGGUGCCAUCUCAGGUAGUUUGUAGUUGUAACUGUAGUUUUCCUGUGUUGUAUACUAGUAAUAGUAUAAAUCUCCCGCCACUCUUUGGUAUGGAAUCUGUAACAAUAGACCUUUAUAAUUUGAUUGCUAACUAAUGUUUCAUUUAUUGGGUUUUUUUCA